UUCUACAAGUUAAAUAAGCGAAAAGCAAAAUGGAGAAGCACUCGAAACCUCGAAUCAACCGUUCCAAAACUGACAAUUUGCCACCUUUGACGACGCGUCCGGGUACCGGAGGACUUGGAAGAUCGAAUUCCGACGUUAGGCCCUCACAAUCGCGACCUGGAUUGCUGAAAGCGGUCCGAUCAGCUACAAAUUUAGCUCCAUCAAAAGUUUCAAGCAACAGGCCUCGGAGUAAAUUUACCGUUAGUAGCACCGGGAAGAAAGAAAAGUUUUCUACUUUCACCAACGGGAAACUAUCGGUUGAGAAGUCGAGUCCUGCCAGUUCUCCGAUACGAAAAUUUCCGAUUGAAAAAUCUCUAACGAUGUUCGAAAUAGGUUCACCAUCUAAGAAAUCUGCCCAACAGAACGACCCGGAAGCAAACGUGGACAAUGAACGGAAGCAGCAUUCCUGCUCGACCAAUGUUCUUACGAAAGUCGGCAUUGGAGGUGGUACCGUAACAGGAAUUGAUUCGAAUCAUACCAGCAAACUGGUCUACGAAACUGGCUUCAAGAUGCUAAUUAAAUGUUGGCGCGAAAAGAAACGGGAAAUCGGUCGUUUGAAUGCCCAGUUGAGUGUCAAGGAUAGUAACACUCUGAAGUACAAAAACCAGCUAGAAACAAUCCAAUCGUUGUACCGGUACGAGCUUAACAAGCAUGAAUCGAGCAAUUCCGAGCUCAGGGCUCUGAAGUUGAAGUUGGAAACACUCAAAGCCAAUUUGCUGGCCGAGAAAACGGCCCACCUGAAGACGGUUUCCGAUCUGGAGGUGUGUUCCAUCGAAAGGGACAAACUGCAGGCCCAGUUGGAGCACACGGAAAAGGAACUGGCGGCAGCCAUACUGAACUGGCACAGCUUCGAGUACAAGUUGGAGCUCCGGGAGGAGCGCUGCACUCAACUGGAGAAGGAAAAGCAGGAGCUUUUGAAACAGAUCGAUACCCUUGAAGAAAAUUUCCGAAAUUUUGAAAAAGACUUCGAGAAAACCAUUGCAGUUCAGACGAAUAGCACAAAGUUGCUCGACAGCCGAUUGGAGAAUUAUCAGAAAGAACUGACCGAAGCUAAUAGUAAACUGGAAGUGUAUGAAACCGAUUGUCAGCUGCUGAAGGAGUGGAACGUGCGUUUGGCUGGAGAAUUGGCCCAGAUCAAGAGUACCUACCAGAGCAGCUAUUCGUAUCGUAUGCGCAAAUUUUUCUAUGAACUGCCCCGGAAGCCUGCGUUUUAUCUGCAGUAUGCCCUUUAUCUGAUGGUUCGAGGAACUCCCGCGCCCCACUGGCCCCAAGCGGACAGAGUGUUGCUUCCCUAUUCGAGUGUUGUCUGAUUUGAAUUCUCGUGUUUUGCUUUUCGAAUGAGUUUAUUUUGUAUGCAUAGUCAAGUAUGAUCAUUUUUAACAAUUGAGGACAUGUGAUAAAGAAUAUUUUAAUAAGAGCU